AUGGAUGUCUUUGCAGGAGGCGUCGGCCGAAGCGACACUGUCUUCAAGGACUUCACCUGUGCUAUUGAUGACAUUCUCAGCAACACAGAAUUGUCAGCCAGCCUACGGCACGAAAUGCUUCAGCUAGCCGUGAUCUUCGUUUGCGGGAUAAGCCAGCUGAGCCCCGGAGCAUAUUUCCUUCGUCAUGAUCUCUUCCCAUGUAUCGUGAAGACAAUCAAGUCCCCGGACACGGAACAAUUCACCUUCGAAGCAGUUCUGCUUCUCGCCCUCCUCGCCAACUUCCACAAAUCUGACGCUGCGAAGCUAAAUCCAUAUCUGAGGCGUAUCAGAGAGACGGAGGAUGAAGCUCUGAUGCGCAUGAUAUGCUGGGCGGCGAACUUUGCCCUUGCGGCGGCGGUCAAAGCUUACCAAACUGUCUCGGACGAUUCCCCGCCGACUCUGGCGACCAGCUUCAAUUCCUUCUUGUCGUACUUGCGACCGGACCGCGCGUUCGCCUCAGCACCAGUCGACCCUCCCCGGGAACUGUUCAAGAACCAGCCAAUUGAAGCAUGUGUCAUCCUUCUCCCCCUCUUCGAAUUCCUGCACGGUAGCUCGACCUUCCGCAUGGUCUUCGCCAGUACGCUCCAAGCUGAAGAAGAACUGGGAAAGAGGGCGGCAACAAGGAUAACGCCGCUUCCUUUGACCCUGAUUUCAUUAUCCUCAUACUUGUUCUCCCAUGCCUCGUCGACGUCAUCACCUCGCGCAGUUGCCUAUGCCAAUCUUGCGAUGAGCACACUGUUGGUGCUGGUAGAAAGUGAUGACGUUAUGGCUGCCCUGCACCUGGACAGCAAAGAAGAUAUACGACUGUGUCGUCAGAGGCAACCGCCGUUGCCUACGGUUGCUCCCCCGCGACCACCACUAUGCGCGCUAUUAGACUGCUGUAUACUAUGGCUCCGACAUAACUUGCAUAAGAAGCUGGAAGUCCAGUGUUAUUUACUAUGUAUCCGAACCUGUUACAGGACAUUAUGGUAUCUGCAGCGAGAGCACAUCCGACUUGAAUACCAUUGGCAAGAGCUCUGGCAAGCCUUGGUUCUUCUCCUGGACUUCCUCGCGAAUAAGCUAGACAGCUUGGUGACCACAGGAGGGGUGGAGAUGAUAACUCAGGAGACCCUGCUGUUGGUAGACCUCGCGCUGUGUCGCAACGAGCAGUUGUUCCCGAGCCCGAAGGCCGUUCACGAAUUGGUGUACGAAGUUGUGCGCUCCGCUGAGGUCUUCCGGAAGCAGCGCGCGCUCCUGGAAAAACUUGCCAGCCCCCACGCUAGAAGACGCUCAUCCGGGUCGAGCUCCCCCUGGUCGCAGGCCUUGACGAACAUCAGCGCCGUCGCCGAGCAUUACGAGACGAAACUUCGAGAAGCGGGCGUGCGUUCGGCGAACCAAGGGCUGCGUGCGGUGGCCAAGGAGAUCGAGAAGGAUGGGCUGUCCUACGGCGAGGACGUCCACGGGACAGAUGACCCACCGUGA